AUGUUCACGACUAGGCGAAAUCCUCAAUCGCACCCUGACAGCUUCUCUUCCAGAUAUGGAACAUCGAAGGCUACUUCUCGGUCCCGACGAUAUGUUCGCGACUCUUCAGUCACAUCAAGACGCCUUGGGAAGUGCCAGGUACCAGACAGUCCGCCCGAUGGCAGCUCUUCCUCCUCGUCUGUCAUUACCAUCAGCGUUGGCCCAGACAAGCGACUUUUCGCCGCGCAUAAAGAAAUCCUCUGCGUAUCGCCAUUCUUCGCAGCCGCAUGCUCCCGAGCUCAAUCCCAGAACCCUCUCAGCAGCCGUCGAAUAGCAUUGCCGGAGGAACAGCCGGAGGUGUUCUCGUGCAUCCUCGAGUAUCUGUACAGAGGCGACUACUACCCACGGCUAGUCCAAAGUGAAAAGCACAAUACGUGGGAGCUGGAGAAUCCCAGGCUCAAGGAUGGACAGACCGACGGAGCUACGCUCUUCCAUCCGGCUGCUGGCGCGGAGAUUCUUAGGGAUACUGCUGUCUAG